GCGAAAUGUUCCUGAUGUUUUAGAAAAGAACCGAGUUUGCCGAAAUCGGCUGCCUCGACUCACUUCGCUGAAGAACUCCGACCGGAACCGCCGUCAGCCGGUUUGCUUUUCAGUUUUGCUUAUUGAGUGGUGGAAAUCUUGAUACUGGAGAGCAUUUUGAAACCCUCAAAUGGCAGUUUCAGAGACCUCGCCGGCAUUGGAAAUUUUGAUAAGAGGACCAGAAGGUUAUGCUAUUUGGGAUGGGCCGCCUUUCCCUAAUGAUCAACCUAGUAUCAGGCUUGCUACAGUCCCUUGUACAAGUGCAAAGUUUAGUGAAGAUGGGUCAAAACUCAUGGUUAUGAAAUCAGACUCAGUAAUUAGUGUGCAUGAUUGUAAAACCUUGAAAGAGAUUAGGAGUUUUGAAAUUCCCAAUGUGCUUGCUGCUGUUAUUUCCCCUUGUGGAACAUACCUCCAGACCUUCCAGAAAUGCACAUCCCCACAGGACAAAAAUGUGGUCUUGUGGAAGGUGGAGAGUGGCGAAUCUGUUUACCAGUUGUAUCAGAAGAACAUGACGAAAGUUACAUGGCCGUCUGUACGCUUUAGCUCUGAUGAAAUGGCUGCAUGCAGAUUGGCAACCAAUGAGAUACAACUUUUUGAUGGUAGAGACUUCUCAAAAGGAAUUGUGCAACGGGUUCGUGUUCCUGGAAUAGCUGCAAUGGAGCUUUCUAAGACUCCUGGAUCCUAUGUGGCCGCAUUUGUUCCCGAAUCCAAGGGAAUGCCAGCAAGUGUUCAAAUAUAUACCUCUGGAAAGGACUCACAAACCCCUGUUGCUCGACGUAGUUUCUUCCGGUGCUCAACUGUGCAACUGAGUUGGAACCAUGGUUCUACUGGGCUCCUAGUGUUGGUGCAAUCAGAUGUUGAUAAAACCAAUCAGAGUUACUAUGGGGAGACAAAGUUAAACUACUUGACUACAGAUGGAAGCCAUGACGGACUUGUGCCACUUCGUAAAGAAGGGCCUGUUCAUGAUGUUCAAUGGUCGCACACUGGCAAAGAAUUUGCAGUUGUUUAUGGAUUUAUGCCUGCUAUGGCAACAAUAUUUGACAAGAAAUGCAAUCCUCUUCUUGAGCUUGGAACUGGCCCAUACAACACAAUCAGAUGGAAUCCAAGAGGAAAGUUUAUUUGCUUGGCAGGCUUUGGGAACUUACCCGGUGAUAUGGCAUUCUGGGAUUAUGUUGAAAAAAAGAAGCUUGGAACGACUAAAGCUGAAUUAUCAGUGACAAGUGAAUGGUCUCCGGACGGACGCUAUUUUUUGACUGCCACAACAGCUCCUAGACUCCAAGUUGACAAUGGGAUUAAGGUCUUUCAUCACAAUGGAUCACUGUACUUCAAGAAGAUGUUUGAAAAAUUGUACCAGGCUGACUGGAAACCUGAAUCCCCAGAUAAGUUUGGUGAAAUUUCAGAAUUUUUGAAGGCUGUUGACUCCCUGAAAAUUGACGAAACCAAAGUUCAAGGACAAGGAUCAAAAGCUUCCAAACCUGCCACAAAAACUACACCUGCCAAUCCUCCUGCACAAAAGCCUGCUGCUUAUCGUCCACCUCAUGCCAAGGCUGCAGCUGCUGUCCAAGCAGAGUUAUUUGGUGGAAAUCCUUCAGGAGAGAUGAGCAAGAAUGCACUGAAAAACAAGAAAAAGAGGGAAAAACAAAGAGAGAAAAAAGCUGCUGACGGUGCUAUGUAGCCAAGUUCCCACUCACAUCUCUUAAUCUCCAGUCUUGGUCUGCUCAAACUUAGGGCAUUAGGUAUUUGGGCCUUCAAGCUAUUCAAUGAUUCUGCCUAUCCAAAUGCUGAAAAUACUGCAAUGCUGCCCUUUGUCGCACAAUUGGAUGCUAUGCCUUCUGAAAGCUUUUUUUCAAAAAAUUUUGUACUAAUGCAAAACUUUGGUCAAGAUUAUUUUCCAUGUUCAGAGGUUUCUUGUGCUGAACGAGUUAGCAUUAUAAUACACUCAAUGAUAAAAAUAUGUUUUUUUUUUCGUUC